GUGCGUGUGGCACGCACUGCAGUCGCAGCCGCUUCACGCCCGUUCCCGCGGUUGCAACUCGAGCUGCAGCCUUCGCGCCGCCUUCAUCCCCUCAGUCACCCGCUGCGUGGUCGGCCCCUCCGGCACACGGCUCCAGCCGCGCCGCAGCCGCCUUCUGAGCCCUCAGGCCUCCCCGGUUUUCUCGCCCGGCCCGACCCAGCCCGCGAAGAUGGUGGAUCGCGAGCAACUGGUGCAGAAAGCCCGGCUGGCCGAGCAGGCGGAGCGCUACGACGACAUGGCCGCGGCCAUGAAGAACGUGACAGAGCUGAAUGAGCCACUAUCCAAUGAAGAAAGAAAUCUUCUUUCUGUGGCCUACAAGAAUGUAGUUGGGGCACGCCGUUCUUCCUGGAGGGUCAUUAGUAGCAUUGAGCAGAAGACUUCUGCAGAUGGUAAUGAGAAGAAGAUAGAGAUGGUCCGUGCUUAUCGUGAAAAAAUAGAGAAGGAGUUGGAAGCAGUAUGUCAGGAUGUGCUGAGCCUGCUAGAUAACUACCUGAUCAAGAAUUGCAGUGAGACCCAAUACGAGAGCAAAGUGUUUUACCUGAAGAUGAAAGGGGACUAUUACCGCUACUUGGCUGAAGUAGCCACUGGAGAGAAAAGGGCAACUGUUGUGGAAUCAUCUGAGAAGGCCUAUAGCGAAGCCCAUGAGAUCAGCAAGGAGCACAUGCAGCCUACUCACCCCAUUAGAUUAGGCCUGGCUCUUAACUACUCCGUUUUCUACUAUGAGAUCCAGAAUGCCCCAGAGCAAGCAUGCCACUUGGCCAAGACCGCCUUCGACGAUGCCAUUGCUGAGCUCGACACUCUCAAUGAGGACUCCUACAAGGACUCCACUCUCAUCAUGCAGCUCCUUCGUGACAACCUAACGCUCUGGACAAGCGAUCAGCAAGACGACGAUGGUGGAGAAGGCAACAAUUAAGGCCCCUCAGGUGGACUGGCAGCGCACGCUGAUGCUACUACUGCAGUCUUUAUUUUUUUCCCAUGAGUUUGGGGGUCGGGUGGGGGAGGGAAAGGGAGGGGUGACCUUCCUAGGGAGAAACCCACGACCUGUCCUGUCUUUGAUCGCCUCUUUGACAUUUUUGCCAAAAUACCACUAGUGGAAAGUCAGGCUAGCUGUGCUGGUAUUGGAAUAGCAGCCUCACACCGGCAUAUGGACUGUUCUGUAGAUUAAUGCAAGUGGAGCUGUCUAUCUUUAAUUUAACUUAUUGCUAGAUAAUAGGAUUUUAAAAUGAAAAGAAAACUUCAGUGGAAUGGCCCUCAUUCAGUAAGUUCUGUGGUUCCAGUAAGGAUUUUUAUGUACAUAUGCUCUUGUCUUAAGUUUUGGGUACUUUCUAUCUCAUCUGUAUUAGCUGUGCAUUUUUUUCAGGGUGUACUCUACCAGACAUGGAAUAGUUUAAAUCCCAAACUGACAGACUUGGAACAUAAGGUAUAUUUAUCCUUAUGGUUUUUAGGCCUUGCUAGUUUUCUGAAGUCUCUGAUUAGAUGACAGUAUUAACACUAAAUUGCAGUUUACAGUAUUUCUACAUUACAGCCAUAUGUAACAUCAAGCCAUUGACUGUGUAUUUUUCUUUGCUAGUUAUUUUGGCUUUACAUCCUUAUUCAGCCAUAUCCAGGUUGGUUAUCUCCUAGGCCAAAGGCUUGCCUGAGAAGCAUCAAAGCUACUUUAGGUAUUGGUUAAUAGGUGCUUGGCAGGUGGCUGUGGGAUUUUUUUCUUUCUUUCCUCUUAAGUCCACCACAAAAGUUAUUAAUCACUUUAAUAGAAACAUUAAACACCACAAAAAAUAGAGAAAAUUCAGGUCUGUAUGUCAUUUAUUGCAUUGAUAUUUCAGAGAAAUCCUGAUUUGUGAACUGCCACAGCUCCUUCCUCAGGGAUUACGCUCCCAUUUUGCUCUUCACUUGAGUCUUCCCCACUGUACCUUAUGCUGCCACUCAGUUGGGUUGAAAAGGUGUGGGUUGUAGAAGCUGGGUGGCCAUUUUGAGAAAGUUUGUGGUGCAGUGUGUGAAAAUUCAGGUGCUAGACGCUUACUGGUAGGAAAAUCCAAAAGGAAGAGCUCUGUUAGUAAACACUCCGUCCGGUUCUGGGAGCCUUGUGUGUCAGGUUUUCCUCCCUGAAAACACUUUUCCCCCAAUCAGUUGUUACAGGAACACAAACUAAAAUCAUUAUCAGAUAAUAAAUACUAAACUCCUAUUUGACCAAAACUUUCUCUAUAUAUUUUUUUCUCCUUAACAAAAACAUGGACAUCAGAUUCAUUUCUUGUGUAAUCAGUGCAUGUUUCAAAAUUGAAGGAAACCACAUUGCUAUCCUCACAAAUUUGUUUUCAUUUAGCCUUAGGUCCUCCAUUCUCAUUUUGGAUAAACCUGUCUGAAAACAUGAUCUGUUGCAUGUGUAUUCAGCCUUUUUUAUAAAAUCAGUAACUGAAUUCCCAAGAUAGGUCAUGACACCAGACUUGUUCCUUUGUUUUAUUUAGGCAAGGAGAGGUAUCUGUAAUGAUUGAGGAAAACUGACACUUGCUUUUGCUAAUACCAAAAUUGAGCUUACAAUUAUGAAAUGAAUACCUUUAACAGAAUCCAGGUGACAGUGAAGAUUGAAUGGUGAUGAUACUCUGUAACAUUGCACAGUUUAUCCAGCAUGACUUUCCUUAGAAGG